AUGUGUGACAUGCAAACAGCAGGAAAGAGAAACGCCCAAGCAAAAGCAAGGAACAUCUAUCGCACUGCGCCUGCUAAUAAGGUUUUGGAGGGAAAUCUAUGUGCCUCUCCUACGUGCGCCAGCACCUUUCAAGAUACCCUAAAAAGAAAGAAGUCCCCUUUCCCCCAAACCGGGACCAAUUACCCGUCCCCCAGCGGCCCGCCCUCCAGCUCCUUCUCCCCAACAAAGACUCGACCCGACCCCUGCCCCGCCUCCUUCCGGAGACCCGGCCCCGCCUCCUCCCGUUGUCUUCCCGGACUUCCCGCAGCAAAACGUGAAAACCAAAUCCGGACCACGCUGUCUCCAGGAGGUCUGGCCCAGCCCGCCCCCAGGCUCCCCACAUCACACACACAAGAACCUCUCGCACCUCCGGGUGGCGGCGGCGGCAGCGGCUCCCGCGUCAGAGCGAACCCUACAAAAUGGCGACGGCCGCUCGAGCCUCGACGCUACCGGGCCCUUUCUCGCGCGCCAGCUCGCGCACGCGUGAGUGCGCACUGCUUCCUCCCGCUUCGCCUCGCGGGAUCCAAGUGGCCAAUCCUGAAGCUGCAUACAAAUGACCGCGCAGCACGGGGGCGGGGCCUGCUGGUGGCGUUGCUGCUCCGCGGAGGCCAGCCCGCCCUCAGCCCGAGCCAGCCAAUCACUACCCUGGAAGUGGUCGCUACUCCUGCGUCAGAACAGCUCUGGACGCCACCACUGCCUAGAGAAGUGGAGGCCCGGGGGGAGUCACUCGCCAUCACAAUGGGUCGCGUUAUUGGGCCCUCUGAGGGGGCGGGGUGCUGAUGACAAAGGCCUGUUGCCCAGGAGUGCAGUGGGGUGUGAUCA